UCUAACAAAUGUGUCUUUCACUUCAACUAACAACCGACUCACUGCUCACAAAUCAUAACCAAGAUUAGAGCGUGCUGAUUACGUGUGUUCUACUGUGUAUUUCCUACAUUCAUGUUUUCGACUCCCAUAAUAAUGUCUCAAGAAUUCGACUUUUGAGUCUGCCAAUCUUUCCACACACGGCACCACCAAGACUUCAACCAUCAUUGUCUUUAUCUUGAGAAGAAAUUUAAUGACAGAAAGCUCGAAUGGUGGAAAAUUAAUGGAAACCACUCGCCGUUGAAGAAAAGUUUGCAUUCUUUGGUAUUUGUGCGGAGGUGGAUUUCUGCUAAAUCAAGAAAUUGUUUUUGGCACUGUGACCGUUCAACUGGAGUGAAGUACCGGUGAAACAUGACUACUCAAGGGAACGUACAAAUUCGAUUCGUUAAAUGCCCAAGGUGCCGGAAGAUUCUACCAGAGUUGCCAGAGCUUCCAAUGUACAAAUGUGGAGGGUGUGGUAUUACUCUCCAAGCUAAACGUCGAAAUCCGGAGACUAACCAUUCUGAAUUACCCUCACAAGAAACAGAUUCUGCAGAAGGAGGCCAACAGGGUAAUGUUUCAGGAGGGAUGGAAGGCAGAAGCUCGACUGCUGAUUUAACCGAUUCUCCUAAAGUUGAAUCUUCGCCAGAUGAAGGCGAGAUACGACGUCUAGAUGAUUUUGACAGCUCUGUGAAACUCUCUCACGACAGAGAUGCUCUCUCUACUAGUCCUCGGACUGAAGGUUUUUCCUCAGAAGUUCGAGCAUCUUUAAGAAACAACAGAAGUGCUGAAAGACAUAGAGGCAAAUUUGAAGAUGAGCAUGUCGACUAUGUGGAACUCUCUCACAACAGAGAUCCCUCCGACAGCCUUCCUGGUUCACCUGACAUUACUAGUCCUCAGAGUGAAGGUUUUUCCUCAGAAGUUCGACAAUCUUUCAGAAACCACCCUUUGGACAGAAGUCCUGAAAGAUAUCGAGGUAAAUCUGAAGAUGAACGUGACGACUCUAUGGAAGUCUCUCGCGAAAGAGGUGCUUCUGAGGGUCUUUCUAGCUGUGAAACUUCUCCCAAAGAAGUUCAAGAAUCAUCGGAAAAAACUCCUUUAGACAGAAGCCCUCAAAAACGUCGAAGCAAUGCUGAUGACCAUGAGGAGUGGACUGCCGGUUCAAACUCUUUGGAUGGACUACCUAGCUCGGGUGAGAUCAGUCUCGAGGCUGAAGCAUAUACCCAAGAAUCCAGUGAACAUGUAGAGCAAAUGAAAGAUGGAGAAUCAGAACAAGUUUGGACAAAAGGCGCCGGCCUUGUUGAUGAAGUUCAGAAUUUGCCUGAAUAUGAAGAUCAAGAGAGUGGCUUGAUGGAGAGGAUUGCGGAAAACAAUGCUCUACCAGAAAAUGAAGGAACGACUCGGACCUUCUUAAACGAUGAAUCUAGUGGUGAAAUUAAGCAUGUCGGACCAACUUCGCCUUCUGCGAUGAUAUCUCAUGAAAUCAGCAUCGCAUCAACAUCAGCUGAGGUAGUUGGUGAUGGCUCCAGAGGUCUUCCUGUUUCUAGAAGCCCGAUUGCUGAAAGGAGCAUGAGUCCUAAAGCCAGUGCUCCAGUUCACGCUCCUAGGAGCCCCUCAAGAGGGAGUCUCGUGUCAUUCUAUCUUACGACUGAUGAUGAACAGCUCGAUGGUUCUCCAAGAGAAGUUGCACGUACUUUUGAGAGAUUUAACUCUACAGACACACUGGGAAGUUCACAUCUCGGUGACCAUAGCUCCGAGAUCAACGUUAGGCAUGGACCCGCGGCUUUUUAUCAGAACAGCAGGAGCUACUAUGCUUAUGAUGGUAGUGAAUCAUCUUACGAUGGAAUUGAUGAUCAAGUCCGCGAACAUUUUUCACAUCCCUCGAGAAAGGCUAACGAUGUGGGACAUAUCCGAGCCAGAGAAAAGCUCAGAAAUGGUGGAUUUAGUGGGAACAAUGUGGCGAAGAGUGAAGCAGAGAGGGCUCAUCGGGCAACAAGUCCCUUGAGCCGUGAAAUGCACUUCCCUUGGCACAGAGGUCAGAAUAGGAUGAGACUCAAUUCACAAGGAGAUGUCUCGAGAGCACCAUUCCCUUCGAGAGAUCACACUGCUGGACACAGACCUCCAGUUCAUCGGCACAAUUUGCUUCCACCCCAUUCAGCUUUCGACUUACCCGAAAAGUCUUCAUACUCGAAUCCAGAGCAACUCGAUCUGUUGAGAACGGUACAUCAUCUGAAGGAUCAGCUUGAGAGGAUGCAAUUCAAUGCUCUUCCUUACUUAGAAGCUGAAAGGGAAAUGUAUGCAGAUGUGAGCCAUUCAGGUCCAUGUAACAGGCGAAACGAUCGUGCCAAGGGUUAUGGUGAAAGAUACAAUGAGAGGAGAAUGGCUUUCUCGGGCGAGGCUGCACAUUUUCGACACCAAGCUAGCUGCUCUUGUUUGCACUGCAAUCAGCAAGAUUGGCAACACCGUAAAAAUGGCCAUCGUGCCAUCCACGCUGACCAUAACUGCUGCGGUAGCUCCAACUCUUUGAGCCCCCACCGUUAUGCAACCUCUGAGCCCUCAUCAUGGGGCCGUGAGACAAAGUCUGACAACCAGAGGCUUGAUGAGAUCAGACGGACGCAGUUGAGGGAGAAAUACAGUGCAGCCAAGAGGCACCUCCGUCCCAUAGCCGGUGGAGCCCCGGUUAUCACUUGUUACCAUUGUUCACAACUGCUCCAGCUGCCAGUGGACUUUCUCCUAUUCAAGAAAAGGUAUCAUCAGCUGAUGUGCAAUGCUUGUGGGAAGGUUAUAAAGUUUUCGGUCGUGAAGGGAACUCAUCUCGUUCCAUACGUUGCUGAUGCCCGUGCACCUCCCCCUAGUGAGGCCGGUGACUACAGUGAUGGUAACAUCCGGAGAAAUAUGGAACCGGCGCCCCAAUCUAUCUCCUGCAAACAUGUUGAAUCUGUGUCGUACUCUGAUGAGUACGGGCGGUCAUUCUGUAGGAGCUGCUCCACCGAGGGAGAGGCCUCAGCCGCCAUACCUUCAAUUGAUCGAGCCAAGGGAAACUCGUACGACAGAAAGAUGUCAUCUGGAGGCGGUUAUUAUGAGGAUCGGAAGCUGAAAGGUGUCUCAAACUCAAAGGAAGGCGUUGAAUCAGCUGGUCCUUCAUCAAGAACUGUGACGAGGAAGAAUGCGACUACAUCGGUCUCGGAGAUAGAAGAGCUGCCGCCAUUGUCGAAUUCUCCACUGCAUCGCCUAAUGGGGUAUUCGACACCGAGCAAAGUGUUCAAACGAGGAUGAGUGUGAGCUGCAAUGUGAUGUGUUGUUGGCUAUAUUGCUAUAGUGUGUUUGAGUCAUACUAGUAUAGUUAUGAAAUUGGAGGGAUUAUGUAUACAUGUUUGUUUCUAGUAUAUUGCAUUAUUUAUUCAUUAUUUCA